AAAUUGCCACUAUCGAUUGCCGUAGUGGAGCUACAGGUGGCACAGCCUUGUAAGCCUUGCAGCCUUACGGAUGUGGCUCCGAUGGGUAGACAUCAAGGUGUUUGAAGUCAUUUUAUUAAACAUCUGUUGUUUGCUUCGACUCUCUUCUUGUGUCUUUCGCAAGAUUUCACUUUUUAAUGGUCGCUGUUGUGUUACCAAUGUAAAGCCUCGAAAGUCACAGCCCCGAAAUGCAGUGUAACGGUCAUGUGUUGUACAAAGCAAGCAUGCAGAAUCGACAGCAAAAGAAUGCUUUGAUCCUCUUCGCACAAGUGUGCAAUCUUCCAGCCCCGUCGACGCUUCUAGCUGUCAUCAUUCGAGACUUUUAUCAUUUCCUCGAGAUGUUAAAUGGGCUAGGAAUCAUUUUGCGAAGACUGCAUAGUGGUGGUGUGAUGUCCCUGCAAAUCACCUCGAAGCUCCUUCAAUCAUUUGAAUACGAGCACUUGGAGAAGCAUCAGAUUUGUAGUCAAGUACUAACAUUGAUUUAUAUAUCUAGGGUUCCCUUUAUCUAUUAUAAAAUUCCUCUUUUUUGCGUUGAGUUGAGACAUUUCCACAACUUUGGAGUGCGGGGUUUCGUCCCAUCCUACUACGAUACAUUUCACAACCUGAACUCCUUUCGAUAAACAAACUUGACUAAAUCUUACUCUCCCCUUGUUCAGCCUUAUCCCCAGACUUGGCUUGAUCUUCAGAGACCUUUUCCCCUUUGAUGUUCUUCCACUCCACAGCUAAGGCUCCCAAAAUCAUGAUUGCAUUCAAUGCAGCAGCCAUAAUGAAAACUCUGGUCAGUGAAUAGCUGUAUGCAU